CACGUCACGUCGGAACCAACAGCCUGUGGUGGCAACUGGCAACUUCUGCUGUGUUACCAAAGCAACUCAGAGCAAUACGAGGGGGACAUUUUCUAGGAUAUCCUGAUCUUUCACAGCAAGACCAGACGAGACAGGCACUCCGAGGAGAACUUAUGUGGUUGGCGGUAACAUUUCGGAUGGGAGCAACCCGAAAUUAAAGAGAAAAUAAGCAGCAACAGGAGGUUUGAGCCGGGCGGACAUGGCGGACGGCAGCAGGUUCACAGCUAUUAAAUAAACGCCAGGCAUAGCAAAGCCGACAGCGAGGGCUUGCUGCUGAGGGACUUUAAUUUAUUUGAAUGUUGCACGGAUAGCCGGGGCUCCCCAGGACUGUCAGCCCUCCACUGAAGCCUGCAUGGCGUCCUCUCAAGCCCGGCUAGGCCAGCAGGCCUUAGCGGUGCUUGAUGUGGCUCUGCGAGUUCCCUGUAUCUUUAUUAUCGACGCCAUUUUUAACUCCUACUACGACCCUGGGUCGGGAUGGGUCGGGCUGAUGGGGAAGGUGUUCGUCAGAGUCAUGGGUGUCCUCAUCUCCAGCGUGGUGCUGCUGCUCUCCCAGAAGGCCUUGUUCAAGUUCUACACCCUCUUCUGUGCCGUUCUCCUCGGCAUGGCGGCGGUCCUCAUCAACUACUACGCCACCUCGCACAUAGACUUCUACAGCGCGUACUACAAAGCGGCGCUGGGGUUCAGGCUGUUGCCCAGAAACGGGCCGACGCUGUGGCUCGGCGUGGCCGCCGUCCAGCUAGUUUUCGGCGUGGGCUACGUGUUCCUGCUCAACCUCCAGUCGGUGUUCGCCGCCCUGGUGGUCCUGGACAUCAUGAUCCCCCUGUGGGGGCUGAUGAUCGAGCUGCCCGCCGACGUCCGGCAGCUGGUGGCGGUGUUCUCGGGCCUGGCGCUGGCUCUCAACACCGCCGUGUGCCUGGCCGUGAGGCUCAAGUGGUUUUACUACUCGUGCCGGUACGUGUACCUGCUCGUGCGGCACAUGUACCGGAUCUACGGGCUGCAGCUGCUGCUCGAGGACACGUGGAAGAGGAUCCGGUUCCCUGACGUGCUGCGGGUGUUCUGGCUGACGCGGGUCACCACCCAGGCGCUGAUCCUGGUCUACGUGGUGCGGGCGGUGAGGAGGGAGAGCGGAGAUGCCACGGGUGGCGUCGCAGACGGGAUCUCCGACUCGCAGGGUUACCUGCUGAGCUGGGACGUGUUCUGGGAUCUGACCAGCAACCUGAUCAUCUCCGGCUGUGAUUCCACGCUCACCGUGCUGGGGAUGAGCGCCGUCAUCUCCUCCGUCGCACACUACCUCGGCCUCAGCAUCCUGGCCUUCAUAGGAAGCAGCAAGCAGCUAGAGCCAGUUCAUGGUUUCAUGGCGCUGUUCUAAUUUAGCAUCACGCAUCGGGGACUGAGCCUCUCUCGCUUUGAUUUGAAGGUGCGCCUGAGCCGAAACAUGUGCCUGCUGCUGACGGCCAUCCUGCACUUCAUCCACGGCAUGACGGACCCGGUCCUGAUGUCCCUGAGCGCCUCCCACGUCUCCUCCUUCCGCCGCCAUUUCCCGGUCCUGCUGGUGUCCCUGGCGCUCUUCGUGCUCCCCGUGGCGCUCAGCUACGCCCUGUGGCACUCCUACGCCCUCAACACCUGGCUCUUCGCCGUCACCGCCUUCUGCGUGGAGCUCUGCCUCAAGGUGGUGGUGUCCCUGACCGUCUACGGCCUCUUCAUGGCGGACGGCCUGUCCAACGUCCUGUGGGAGAAGCUGGACGACUACGUCUACUACGUGCGCUCCACGGGCAACAUCGUGGAGUUCCUGUUCGGCGUCAUCAUGUUCGGCAACGGCGCCUACACCAUGAUGUUCGAGCAGGGCAGCAAGAUCCGCGCCUGCAUGAUGUGCCUGCACGCCUACUUCAACAUCUACCUGCAGGCCCGCAACGGCUGGAAGACCUUCAUCAACCGCCGCACGGCCGUCAAGAAGAUCAACUCGCUGCCGGAGAUGCGCGGCGACCAGCUGAGGGACAUCGAGGACGUGUGCGCCAUCUGCUACCAGGAGUUCGCCACCUCGGCCCGCAUCACGCCCUGCCACCACUACUUCCACGCGCUCUGCCUGAGGAAGUGGCUCUACAUCCAGGACACGUGUCCCAUGUGCCACCAGAGGGUCUACAUCGAGGACGAGAGCCGAGACAGAGACGCCUUUUCCAACAACAACGGGGGCUACGCGGUGCCGCAGGACGUCGCCGCCGCGGCAGCCCCGCCCGCCGGGGGGGACGACCGGCGGGGGCGGCCGGACGCCGAGCCGCCGGCCAAUGGGGCGGCGGGGGCCGCGGGGGGACCGGGGGGGCUCGAUAACGAGCUGCUGGAGGACAACGACAGCAUAGAGUACGACGAGGACGAGUGGGGGAUUCAAAAUGGCUGCACGCCGAUAGAAGAAGACUAUAUCAACGAUGACACGGACUCCACCGAGGACUGACAGGGGAGAAGAAGAGAUCUAUAGAAAGAAAUAUACAGAUAUCUUUAUUAUAUUUAAGUUAAAAAAAGAAAAAAGAGUUAUAAAACACAACAGCAUCUUAAUUUGUUCUUG